AUGUUUAAAUUAUUUCUUGUAUAUUAUUUAACCAGUUUGAAUCAGUCUGAGUGUGUUAAAUUUAAUAAAUCCGUCGAACUUCAGCAACGGCACCAUGUGGCAAACGUGACCAGCGUCGUUCCCUCGCCCUCCUACCCGGACCCCAAUCACUACAGGGUCGGAAUAGGCUACGACCUCCACAGGCUCGUACGCUCAACUUCCCUUGGGAGGCCUCUCAAGCUCGGCGGCGUCUCCGUUCCCGGCAGCUCAGUCCGGGUCCUCGCACACAGCGACGGCGACGUGGUCCUGCACUCGGUCUCCGAUGCGAUCCUGGGCGCCUUGGGCAAGGGCGACAUCGGCGACUACUUCCCCGACUCCGACCCGCAGUUCGAGGGCCUCGACUCCGCCAAGGUCCUCCGCAGCGUCGUCGAGCUCAUGUCUGAGCUGAACUACCUCCUCGUCAACGUCGACGUCUGCAUACUGCUCGAGUCGCCCAAGCUCGGGCCCCUCAAGGCGAGGAUUCGCGACAGCCUGGGCGUGCUCCUCGGCCACAGCGCCGUCGUCAACGUCAAGGCGAAGACCAACGAGCGCCUCGACUCGGUCGGCGGCGGUUUCGCCGUGGCUUGCCACUCCGUGGCGCUUCUGCGUCACCGCAGCUGA